CUCCUCUGCCGCCGGUGCACCUGUUCUGUUUUCGAGCCAUGACCGAGGAUUUCGAAACGUGCGAAUUAACAUGCUCAUCUCCAUCUGGUGACCCAGAGGAGACUUUAAAAACUGUGAAAAACGGGAAUAUGGAGUGUCCGCAGCCCAUUUUCACCGCGCUUGGAGGCGGUAUGAAGUCGCCGCAGGGGGUGGACGCACCGCGGCCGAGUAGCAGCGGCAGCCCCGGCGGCGUCGGCGGAAAGACUUCACCAGCUGCGGCCACCUCCGACAGCGAGUCGGGGAUCUUUUCUGCUGAAAGUGAGGUCUGUGUGGACCACGAGUGUGAGCUGGACUGGUUCUGUGGCACCGAGCAGAAGCUCAUCUGCUCCCAAUGCACCAUCGUGGGCUCAUGCCAAGGACACACUGUGACCCCUCUGGCCACCAGAGUUACCGCAGUCAGGAACAAACUGGUGGACGUGUGUGAGAAAAUGCAGCUGCAGGCACUGAGGAUUGAAAGAUUUAUCGAGCAGACACUGGCAGCCAAAGAGCAGAAGCUUCAGGCAUCAGCGAGCAGGGCGAGGGAGCAGGUGCUGGCUCAGGUGAGCGCUGCACGUGAAGCCCUGGAGGAGGAGGAGCAGCGUCUUUUGGAGGAGGUGCAGAGAGAGGAGGAGCGCGUGGAGCAGUGUCUCCUCACCCAGAGAGCCCACUGGAGCCAAGCGUUGGCGAAUCUGUCGCAAACACGCUCGCGACUGGUGCACACGCUAACAAACACUCCUGACACACAGCUGGUGACCAGUGUCCAGGAGAUAGCCGAAAGGGUGGAGGAAGCAGAAGGGGUUGGGGAGCCCUGUGACACAGACCAGCUCAGCCUGAACCCGUCCUGCACUGAAAGCAAACUGCUCAGGGGCCUGUGGGCUACUGCAGUAUUGCUCGGGCCAAACGCUUAUGGAUCAUCUCAUUUAAAGUUCGAUGAGCGCACAGUGAGCCCUCUUCUCACUCUCUCUGAUGACUCCUGCACUUUAACCUUCCUCCACAAAAAAUCACGGCAGUCUCCACUCUACGACCCAGCACGAUUUAAUUCUUGGCCCAACGCCCUGGGUUCACUGUCUAUGUCCUCCGGCACCCACAGCUGGGUGGUAGAUGUGGGCCAGAGUGGGGCCUUUAAAGUCGGGGUCUGCUACGCCUCUCUGGAGCGCAAAGGUUCUGGGAACGAGGCUCGACUGGGCCACAACAGUCAAUCCUGGGUGCUGUGUCACUAUGAUGGAGACUACUCCUUCUGCCACGCAGGGAAGAAGGUACCGCUGCACGUGGUGAGGAGACCGGAAAGGGUCGGCCUGCUGCUGGACUGGCCGAGUCAGACGCUGUUGUUUUACGAGCCUGACUCCUGUGCUGUGCUGUACUCUGUCACGCAGACCUUCAGUGCCCCGCUGCUGCCGGCGUUUGCCGUGACUGACCGCAGUAUCACCAUACUGCACUGAUGGACCACACACACACUGCCAAAAUUGCUAAAUGAGCUCAAAGAUGUGUAGAAACCCCAGGGAGAGGCAACUUCCUCCAGUGUAGCUAUAAUCAGCAGCUCUUUCAUCGGUGCAAUCGUGAAAGCUCCAGACACAGCACCAGUUUCUAUUUAUUUAAUUGUCCUGCUGUAGAUACUUUUAUUUUUUUACUGUUUCUGAUUACUUUUAGGCUUAAAUGUUCUUGUAUGUUGAUCACAUUAUACGUAGUGCUUUAAUCGUAACUGUUUUACAUGACAUGACAUGAGAACAUUUUUGUUUGUUUGCUCUGUAGAUAAGACCAAUUAUACUGGUUGAUCCAGGUCUGUUUUAAAUGCCAUGUGGAAAAGAACCUCACUAUGAAAUUACUCUGAAAUUAUUUUGUAUUGUCAAAUUUUAUGUUAUAUCCUCCUGAGACAUUAUGUCCUCUGUAGUGGUCACAAAAAAGAAGUUAAAUUGAAAGACGCUUUUUUUCCCCUCAGUUCUCAGGAGGUUAUGGUGAGUAAAGAAGUUAUUAAAAUUGACUUGUAUUAUUU